ACUUUUAAAUCUUGAUAACCUUUCAUCACCACCUACCAUUACCAACCUCCUUCAAGUCUUUAGAAAUUUGAGAUACACAAUUCCGAAACGACUAAGAUAGAGAAACCUAUUUGCCCAUUUCAAUGGUGACAAUUGCUAGUACGUUAGUUGCUGGUUUCUGUUUCAGCAAAUCGAGAGUCGAGGGACUUAAGCCAAGCACUCAUUCAUCUGCCAGGUCAAGGCGAAUGGUGGCGGUGAGAGCUCAAUCUAUCAACCCAGAAAUUAGAAAGAAUGAGGAGAAGGUGGUGGACUCCGUUUUGGUCGCGGAGCUUUCUAAGCCCCUCACAGCUUAUUGCAGAUGUUGGAGAUCAGGAACUUUCCCUCUAUGUGAUGGAAGCCAUGUAAAGCACAACAAAGCUACUGGUGAUAAUGUUGGGCCUUUGCUCUUGAAAAAGCAGAAAGAGUGAUUAUGUCUUUCUUUUUUUUCCAUUGUUUAUUUCCUGUUGCCAUGUAAAACUUUUUACUCUGGAAAUUCGCAUUGUUUGUUUAUGACGAAGUCAGCUCGCUUCCUCUGGAUUAGGGUGAUUUCCCUACUUUAGCCACUUUCUUAAUAGAACUUUUGCAGUGAGACAAUAUCAAAUCUGUACUUGUUGGCAUUCGUUAUUGCAUUUCUUAUCUAGAUGUAGCGAACACUUCUCCA